UGAGCCGUAGAUCCAAACAGGACUGGGUUUAACACUCAGAUCAACUAAAUACUCUAGUUUUAAUAAUUCUUCCCAUGUUGUGCAACAAACCACAACCAAAAGUCAUAGUACACUGUUCUCAUAUCAUCAUAUCAACGUUCACAUUUACUCAAAACAAAACAUUAGAUUUGUACCAGCAGGGUUUGAGCUACUAAUUAAACAAACAAUUGACCUUGACACCAAUUAUUCUUGUCUGGAAGUGUUUUCCUUCUGUCCCAUUUAACCAAGUUUUUUAUUGUUUGUUACAGGAUUUGUGWACAGAAGAAUAUGCUAUAGAGCAAAGAGCUUUAUCAUCCUGUUCCUCUGCUCAGACCUGGUUUCUCACACAACAUGGCAUCGUCUCCUGGGCUGAAUGCUGACCCGUUACCCAUGCUGCAGCUCCAGGAGGCCGACUCCAGUAAAGCUUUGGAGAAGCCGUCCUCUCCUGGACUUCUGCCCACCAUGUAUAGCCCUCCUCUGGGCAUGGACAGCCACACCGUCUGCAUUCCCUCUCCAUACACAGACAGUAGCCAUGACUACAACCAUGGACAUGGACCCUUGACUUUCUAUAGUCCAUCUGUGCUGAGCUACACCAGACCCCCUAUCACAGACAGUCCAACAUCCCUCUGUCCCCCUCUAAGUCCCUCAGCCUUUUGGUCCUCCCACAGCCACCACAACGUACCGCCUCUGACUCUGCACUGCACCCAGCCUCUGGUCUACAGCGAACCAGGACCACAUCCAGCCUGGCUCAACCCUAAAGUUCACAGCAUCAACCCCAACAGCUCCAUCAUCAGCUGCAGCAAGCUGCUAGGAAAGAAAGCUGAGGAAGGAGUGAAGUCCUCCUUGUGCUCGUCGGCUGCAGGGAAAGCAGACAUGCACUUCUGUGAUGUUUGUCACGACUACGCCUCUGGGUACCACUAUGGUGUGUGGUCAUGUGAGGGCUGCAAGGCUUUCUUCAAACGGAGUAUUCAAGGCCACAAUGACUACAUUUGCCCUGCCACAAAUCAAUGCACAAUAGACAAGAACCGAAGGAAAAGCUGCCAGGCCUGCAGACUGCGUAAAUGCUAUGAAGUGGGCAUGAUGAAGUGUGGUGUGAGACGUGAACGCUGCAGCUAUCGAGGGGCCAGGCACCGUCGUGGAGGUCUCCAGCCUCGUGGCUUGUUAAGGAUUGGAGUGGGUUCCCGGACACAGCACCUUCCCUCCAUAGAGUUACCUUUUUCCUCCAUGCACCCCCUGACUCAGUCCAACCACCAGUCAUCCAUGAGUCCAGAGGAGUUCAUCUCUCGCAUCAUGGAGGCUGAGCCCCCAGAGAUCUACCUGAUGGAGGACCUGAAGAAGCCCUUCACUGAGGCCAGCAUGAUGAUGUCUCUGACCAACCUGGCCGACAAGGAGCUGGUGCUCAUGAUCAGCUGGGCUAAAAAGAUCCCAGGUUUUGUAGAGUUGAGUUUAGCUGACCAGAUCCACCUGCUGAAGUGCUGCUGGCUGGAGAUCCUGAUGCUGGGCCUGAUGUGGAGGUCCGUGGAUCAUCCUGGGAAACUUAUCUUCUCUCCAGACUUUAAACUCAGCAGGGAGGAGGGACAAUGUGUGGAGGGCAUCAUGGAGAUUUUCGACAUGCUGCUGGCAGCCACCUCUCGCUUCCGUGAGCUCAAGCUUCAGAGGGAGGAGUACGUGUGUCUGAAGGCCAUGAUCCUCCUCAACUCCAAUUUGAGCACAAACUCUGCACAGACGGCUGAGGAACUGGAGAGUCGGAACAAGCUGCUGCGGCUUCUGGACUCUGUGAUUGAUGCACUGGUCUGGGCCAUUUCUAAACUGGGUCUGUCAACGCAGCAGCAGACUCUGCGCCUGGGCCACCUCACCAUGCUGCUUUCUCACAUCCGCCAUGUCAGUAACAAAGGCAUGGACCACUUGUCAAACAUGAAGAGGAAGAAUGUGGUUCUGGUUUACAACCUCCUCCUGGAGAUGCUGGAUGCCAACACAUCCAGCAGCAGCAGUCAAACUGCCUCUUCCUCACCGAGCUCUGAUUCGUACUCUGAUGGGCUGCAGUAUCCCCUGCCAUCGUUCCAUCUGCAGCCUGGCUCAGAUGACAUCAUGGCCCCUCAGCCCUGCACCAACAGCUUUCACGAACCUCCACAGGAAGCAGCUGAAGACCGGAUGGUGGAUGGGUGUCUGCAGGCUGGGACAUUCCCGUCCACACCUUCAUCACACGAUUUAGUCCGGUCUCAAAUAGACAGCAAGGAAUACAUCCCAGCGGAGCACUGGUCCCUGGACACAGAGGACAGGGGUUCAUCUGUGGAGACAGUUAGUUACAUCAUCUCUGAUCGUGCUGUCAUGGAAACGGCUUUAGAUGACUGAACCUACAGGUAGCACACCUGAGAACACCAGAAGCACAGUGCUGAUGGAAGACUAAAUGUCUUUCCUUCUUUGGAAACUCUGACUGUAUAUUUUGUUGGUGAAUAUUUUUGUGACUGUGAACUACAGUAGGUGUUCAUCAGAACAAGCAGUUUUUUAACCUUUUUUAUUGGUGUUGGUGUAAGGUUGAGAAGAAACCACCUGAUUUCUACAGUUGCAUGUGGAGCACACWCUAGUUUUCUCUGUCCCACUGCAGUGUGACGUACUCUGUGUACUUUGGUGUUUGAACUGGUUAAUGCAACAUGUUUCUAUAAGGAUGUGGCCUUUAACUGAAGUGACUGUUAUCCUCCCUGUUCUCUCUGGAAACUAAGGCUGAAUUCACACUGACACACACAAACCUCGUUUCUAAACAGGUGCUGCUACAUGCUACUGUACGCUAACUUUCUAAAAUGUUUCAGCAACUAAAUAUUAGAUUAGUAGCUCUUCCACUAAACCUGACUCUGGCAGCUCUGCUCACCUGUCCCUGCAGCUGACCCAAUGUUGGGAUUUAUCCCACUGGAAUUCACAUCACAUCAGUCGAAAAUUGUUCAGGAACAAGACAUGGCUCGGAUUUGGAAGAAAGUGUAACCAUGUUGUACGAAGAGUUCAGACAACCGCUGCCUCUGAACGCACCAUGAAGAGCCCUGAACGCACCAUGAAGAGCCCUGAACGCACCAUGAAGAGCCCUGAACGCACCAUGAAGAGCCCUGAACGCACCAUGAAGAGCCCUAAGUUCAGCCUUAGCCCAGAUUCUGACACCUGCUCCUGUGUUUUCUCUGUGUGUGUGUCUGCUG